AUGAGAAGCCCCAGGCCGCACAGCGAGGCCGUUACAGACACAGAUACGGAGGAGGGCGUGCAGCGAUCGACGAAGGGCGGACUUGGGGGCGCAACAGCGGACUUUGCAUGGCACUCCACGGGCAGGGUGGCGCUCGCGGGCGGUGGAGGUGCGGUCAGGGAGGGCUGGGCGCAGGGUGAGGGCGCUGGCGGUGGUGCUCUGCUUGCGCAGACGGCCUUGGUGAUGGAGACAGAGGCAGAGGUGUGGAGGGCAAGCGUCCAAUUGGGAGAGGCGAGGUUCAGGGUCUUGGUCGUUCCCAAAGCACACAACUGCUGGGGCAGCGUCCUGUGUCGAGUGCAAGAGCAAUGGACGCAUGCACCAGCGUAUGGCCACACAACCCAUCGCCAGCGUGCCCUUCUGUCCACAGCACCGCCAAAAACUGCACUCCCACCACCCACGGCAGACAUGAAACUACGACAGCCCGGGCCUCCUCACGGCAGUCCAUCGCGGCCGGGCAGCGGCCGAGCAGCAGGCGAUCCGGCCGCGUCGAGCACGCUCCCACCGCAGAUCGAACACGCCUUCAGCUUCUUGUCCAGCACUACUCCCACCAGCACUACCCGUCGCGAGCUGGAUUGGCCCAUCGUUCGCCGGAGACCAGGCCCGGCUCCGCUGCACGCGCUGCUGCUUGCGAUGCCCAGGGCGUGA